GUAGUAUAGUUUCGGAUUGGAUGCUAUCGACACCUAGCAGACCCUGACAGUUUUAUAAAGUUCAGAAAAAUACUGAAAGUGUACCUAUUGGAAGUGCACAUUGACAGCAAGUAUCGUCGAUAGUUAUUUACCGUUCAUUAAUGUGCAUUUCACUUGGAACACGUUUACCUAUCUUUGUCAUUUAGGCACCGGUUUUGGUAGCAAGCUAGCCAGAGAGCUAACGUUAGCUAAAUCCAUAAGCUUUCCACCUAAAUAUAGAAGGUCUGAUAGGAGAGUCCUUCCUCCAUCUACAGAUGCGACUGAAGGACCCCUUCUCCCUCAAAGCGGCCGACAUGACCAAGCGGACCAACAAGCCGAGGAAGCCUCGGGACGAGGAGUCGUCUGACGAAGUCAGCGGCCUGACCUGCCAGCACGUGAGCCGGGCGGUGGACCUGAGCCUGGUCAGGAAGGCCGUGUCGUCCAGCGUGUGGGCUGUGUGUUCUGACUGCCUGAGGGAGAGGUCGACUGUGGAGGCCGAGGCCUCCGGCCUGCACGACAUCCUCGUCUGCCUCAAAUGUGGCUUCCAGGGCUGUAACCAGUCUGAAAGCCAACACUCCUCCAGGCACCACCAGGCCCUGCACCCCGAGGCCCACUGCAUCACCAUCAGCCUCAGCUCCUGGAAGGCCUGGUGUUUUGAAUGUAAUGAAGAGCUCUCCACUCACUGCAACAAAAAGGCUUUGGCCCAGACGUUGGACUUCCUUCAAAAGCACUCCGCCAAAGCUGCCUCAGGGCCCAGCUCCAGGCUGAUCAAGCUGAGGGAGGAGCCUCUGGACCUGGCCGACCCGCCCAGGGGGAGGAGUCCCGUGAACAGCACUCUGGUCCCCGUCAAAGGCAUCAAUAACCUGGGGAACACCUGCUUCUUCAACGCCGUCAUGCAGGUAGGGCUCCCACCGGGUGGGGCUCGGGUGGGCAGGGUCCCGGCCCCCGUCUCCGGGUCGGGUAAAACGGCGGUGGCGAGGGAAGGUCCAACACGCCGGUCGCGUUUUCCGCUCAUUUGUUCGCGAUCCCCCUCGGCUGCUCUUUGAUUGAAACGGGAGAGCGGCGGGCGUGCGUAGCGCUCCUCUCUCUCUCCAUUCCCGUGCCUCUUCAUGUUGUCGCCUCCUGAAAUGGCAACCUCGCCGGUGACAAACAGGGCGCUUGGCGAAAGGGCGCUUGGCGAAACGGCUGUGACUUAGCGGACGCGCGGUGAAAGAGAGGCGCGGGGGCC